AAUAGUUAAUGAAUUCUUCAAAUUCAAUCUUCAACCACAUAACCUUAAAUUACUUGACAAAAUGCCAGACCCUAAACUCCCUCAAGCAAGUCCAUGCCCAAAUGAUAACCACAGGCCUCACUCUCCACACUGUCCCUCUCAGCAAACUCCUCCAAUCAUCAGCCACUAUAGCCUUAUCCCAUGCCCUCACAGUAUUCAACCAAAUCCCAAACCCAACAAUUUUCCUCUACAACACCCUCAUCUCCUCAAUAGUAUCAUCAGCCGACCCAGAAUGUGAAACCCACCAUGCUUUUUCCCUCUAUGAAAGUGUUCUUUGGAGCAAAAACAUUAAACCCAAUUCACACACUUACCCGUCUCUUUUCAAGGCUUGUGGUUACCACCCUUGGCUGCACCAUGGCCUGGCCCUCCAUGCCCAUGUCUUGAAAUUCGUUGGACCGACGUAUGAUGAUUUUGUUCAAACCUCAUUGCUUAACUUCUAUGCCAAUUAUGGCAAAUUGGGUGUGGCUAGAUGUUUGUUUGAUCAGAUUAGGAACCCAGAUUUAGUUACUUGGAACUCAAUGUUGUCUGCUUACGCACGUUGUAAUAGUUUUUCUAGUUAUUACUAUGUUGGUGAUGUUAAUUAUGAGGACACUAGUUUAUCAAUGGAGGCUUUAUGUUUAUUCAAUGAGAUGCAAAAUUCUUUGGUUAAGCCAAAUGAAGUUACCGUGGUUGCUUUAGUUAGUGCUUGUGCAAAUCUGGGUGCUCUUAGCCAAGGUAUAUGGGCACAUGUUUAUGCAGUAAAGUUCAAUAUUAAGUUCAAUUGCUAUGUGGGUACUGCCUUGAUAAAUAUGUACUCGAAAUGUGGGUGUUUGGACUUGGCAUAUCAGCUGUUUGAUAAAUUGCCUGAAAGGGACAUAUCAUGUUACAAUGCAAUGAUUGGGGGAUUUGCUACUCAUGGUUACAGUCACAAGGCACUUCAGAUUUUUGAGCAAAUGAAGUCUCAAAGGUUAGUUCCUGAUGAUGUGACAUUUAUUGUUGCAAUGUGUGCUUGCUCACAUGUUGGGUUAGUAGAUGAGGGUUGCGAGAUAUUCGAGUCUAUAAACAAAGAUUAUGAUAAGGAGCCGAAGCUUGAACAUUAUGGGUGUUUGAUUGAUCUUUUAGGUAGAGCUGGGAGGGUUCAAGAGGCUAAGGAAAAGCUCAAGGGAAUGCCAAUGAAACCCAAUGCCAUUUUGUGGAGGUCUUUACUUGGGGCAGCAAGGGUUCAUGGGAAUUUGCAGGUUGGGGAAGUUGCAUUGAACCACUUAGUCGAGUUGGAGCCAGAAACUAGUGGGAACUAUGUGCUUUUAUCGAAUAUGUAUGCGAGCAUUGAUAGAUGGGAAGAUGUUACAAGAGUGAGGAAAUUGAUGAAGGAUCAUGGGAUUAAUAAAAUGCCAGGGAGUAGCUUGGUUGAAGUUGAUGGUGCCAUGCAUGAAUUCCGCGUUGGAGACACAACACACCCGUGGACGAAACGAAUUUAUUUGAAGCUUGAAGAGAUUGGCAGAGAACUACAACAACACGGCCAUAACCCUAGAACGAAAGAAGUGUUGUUUGACAUUGAUGAAGAGGAGAAAGAAGAUGCACUUGCUUACCAUAGUGAAAGGCUAGCUAUUGCAUUUGCUUUGAUCGCUUCGGAUUCAACUGCCCCUAUCCGUAUCGUUAAAAAUCUUCGUGUUUGUAGUGAUUGCCACGAGAGUAGUAAGCUGAUUUCAGUAAUAUAUGGAAGAGAUAUUAUUGUAAGAGAUCGAAUCCGGUUUCAUCACUUCAAAAAUGGAACUUGCUCUUGUAGGGACUAUUGGUGAGUUUGUAAACAGAUAAUGUUCCAAUUCAAAAGAUCUUUGU